UCUGACCCUGAGCAGUUGCUCCUGUCACUCAAGAUUUACUGGCCAAUCACGGCUUCCAGGAGGACCUGCCUGGUCGUAAGAGGAGGAGGGUUCUUCCGGGCUUAAGUGAUUUAGCCUGUGUGGCCUUACUGUUGCUCCUGGUACUGUGAGGGAAGCUCAGGCAAGCUCUGAAGUUGCGACAUGGUGAGGAUAUUGUCACUUCCCACAAAGGUACAAUGGAAGUUUAUUGCUCCAAACUCCCCCCCACCCAGCCCAACAAGCAAGAGGCAUCUGAACAAUAGGGAAAAGGCCCUAGCAAUUAGUCCUCUCCUGCUGUUUUAGGAUGAGGAGCUAAAUGCCAGAAACUGCAGUUUCUGGCUUCAGAGGAUCCCAGAAGGCAGGUCAGCUACAGUAGCAUAGUAACUUAGACUUAGAACACAGUGACAUAUGAUGAUGUAGUGGUGAACUUUACUCAGGAAGAAUGGACUUUGCUAGAUCCUUUCCAGAAGAGUCUCUACAAAGAUGUGAUGCUGGAGACCUAUAGGAACCUCAUUGCAAUAGGCUAUAACUGGGAAGAUCACAAUGUUGAAGUAUAUUGUGAAAAUUCUGGAAGACAUAGAAGGCAUCUUCAAAGGGAUGAAUCAAUUAAUACUGGAGAGAAAACCUAUGAAUGUAUUCAAUGUGAUGGAGCUAUUGCAAGGAAUAAUCACCAUCAGUUUCGUAAAAGCAUGCAUACUGGAUCCUUUAUUUCUUAUACUGGUCUUCAAAAACAUAGAAGAACACACACUGGAGAAAAAGUCUAUGACGGUAAUCAAUAUGGUAAAGCCUUUGAAUGCCACAGUAAUCCUCAAAAGCAUAAAAGGACGCAUACUGGAGAGAAACCCUAUGAAUGUAACCACUGUGGCAAAGCCUUUGCACGUUACUGCGAUCUUCAACUCCAUAACAGAACACAUACUGGAGAAAAACCCUAUGAAUGUGACCAAUGUGGCAAACCCUUUGCAAGUCACAGUGAUCUUCAACGUCAUAAAAGAACACAUACUGGAGAGAAACCCUAUGAAUGUAAUCAGUGUGGCAAAGCCUUUGCACAACACAACACUCUUCAAGGUCAUAAAAGAACACAUACUGGAGAGAAACCCUAUGAAUGUAACCAAUGUGGCAAAGCCUUUGCACACCACAACAGUCUUCAAAGUCAUAAAAGAACACAUACUGGAGAGAAACCCUAUGAAUGUAACCACUGUAGCAAAGCCUUUGCACAAGCUAAUAAUCUUCAACGACAUAAAAGAACACAUACAGGAGAGAAACCCUAUGAAUGUAACCAAUGUGGCAAAGCCUUUGCACAGCAUACCACCCUUCAAAAUCAUAAAAGAACACAUAUUGGAGAGAAACCCUAUGAAUGUGACCAAUGUGGCAAAGCCUUUGCACAUCACAAUAGUCUUCAAAGCCAUAAAAGAACACAUACUGAAGAGAAACCCUAUGAGUGUAACCAAUGUGGUAAAGCCUUUGCACAACAUAGCUACAAACACAUAAAAGAACACAAUACUGGAUAGAAACCCUAUGAGUGUAACCAAUGUGGGUAAAGCCUUUUCACAAUAUAGUCAUCUUCAAAAUAAUAAAAGAAUACAUACUAAAGAUACACCCUGAUAAUGCAGCAAAUGUUGUAAAUGCUUUGCAUGUUUUAGUGGUCUUAAAAAGAAUUUUAAAAGCACAUUCUUGAGAGAACCCUAUAAAUGUAAUCAAUUUAAUAAAGCCCUUUCUUAGCAGUCACCAUCUAAGGCAUGAAACAUAGUUGUGAGAUUAUAGGGGGUAGGUGUAUCUGAUUCUUUUUCCUGUUCUUGAAAUGCUUUUCUUCCUACUUAAUUGUUUUGCUAGCUUUGAUAUGAGGGUUUGUGUAUAUUUUUAUUAAAAUAUGGUAUACCUUGUUCAUUUGCUAUCCCCAA